CAUACCUGUUAUGUAUAUCGUUAUAAAACUAAUUGGAGCAAUGUGGCAUCGAAUUUUACUAAUAAUUUUUCUAUGAUCGACCCUUAUUAUAUUUAGACACUACUGCACAGUCCUACACUACAACAACCUUUCUUUUUUUUCUCUUACUAGAUUCAUUCACAACCUUUUUCCCCUCUUCACACUACACACUAAUAAGGGUGUAUCAUAUUGCUAGCUAGUUCUAUAGAUUCUAAACUUUAAUUUCUUUGUAUAAUUUCUCAAUGGAUGAGAAGUGGAAGCUAUCAUCAUCAAAGAAGGAAACUGGUUCAAGCAGCAGCAACAACAGUAGCAACACCAACAAGUCAUUGUUCUCAAGGAGUUGCUCAACAAGAGGAUCUUCUUCUUCAAACUCCCCUCUAUUGAGGAGAAGUUCCUCCACAUCAAAGUGCAAUAGUAACAAUCUUAAUCUCCAUAGGAGCUUCUCGCAGAAGAAUAAUAGUAACAGUAACAGUAAUAGUAACAACCCUUCUAUUGGAAGGAAAUGCACCAAGAUAGCUAAGGAACAAAAGGCAAGAUUUUACAUCAUGAGAAGGUGUGUGGCCAUGUUAGUUUGCUGGCACAAGCAUGGUGAUUCUUGAAGAAAGAAACAAGAACAAGAAGAAGAAGAAGAAGCUAAGUCUAUUUUCCACAGAGAUCCCUUGUUCAGAUUUUAUGGGUUGAGUUUGCAAUUUGGACAAGUUUCUUUUUUUAACUAUCUCAACUACUAGAAUCCCAUUUUGAUGAUUUUGACUAUUUUGUCACUUUCAAAAUUUGAAACAUUCAGAUAUCAUAUAUUAUGAAUGUAUCAAAUUUUUAGGUAACAGAUAUCGUGUAAUGAAAAUAUAUUAUACAUUGGUUU